AUGCAGAUGAGGGUGCGAGUGUCGAGCGCCGACAUUUGUCAACAUGCUGUGAGAAAGAGAACAGCGUCCGAAGCUGGUCCUUCCCGACCAUCCAAGAAGAGUCGAGCUACUGCUUCAAUGCCAGGUCGAGCUACUGCUUCAACACAAGCUCCAGCUGCUGCUUCAACACCGACUGGGGAACCCGAUGUGCCAUCUGCAUCGAUUCCUAAGCCGAUCCUAGUGCUAUCAGCCCCGACAGUGCUUCCCAUUGCACCGCCUGGAGAAGGAGCGACGAGAGAAGGAACUGCUGCAGCAACGUCGGUAGCUCCACCAACCGAGGAAGUUUGGGCUAAGGUGGAGGCUACAGCGGAAUCUGAGCAAUCUGCAGCUGCACCGUUGGUCCAUGACAUGUUCGACCUAGAAGCCAGCUAUAUAAAGUUCGAUGACUUCCGUCGGACAUGGAUGAAUAAGGUGGCGGCCGCCGAUGCUGAGAAGGUGGCUGCCCUUGAGCAACUUAAGUCGGCAGCUGAACGGGAGGACAAGCUUCAGCAGGAAGUCUCCUGA